CUCCUCCCAGCUUUCUUCUUCGGCUCUCAGCGUAGUCUUCAGCACUCCACUCUCGGUCUGUAGUUCGCCGCCGCCACCCACCCCUCACCCCCCACCCCCGGCCUCCUUCUUCCUCCGCCUCCCACCAUUUUUCCUUAGGACCCAUUUCUAAUUUCUCAGAACCCUUACCUGCCAGAUUCAGAAGCCCGUCCGGCUCGGGGCGCUCUGCUUCUUCCUCCUACACCUGCGGUCUCCAGGAAGCAGCCGCCCCGGCCAUCUGCGCUCUCCCUAUUGGUGGAGCAGAGUCAGCGCCGCUACCACCCAUUGGCUGCCGGUCUGCCAUACGGACUCACAAUUGAUCGCCAUUUCCGUCUUUCGUAAAGUGCCGAACCCGCCCUACUCCCCGUUCCGCCUUUUGAGAGAGGUGGAGAAAGCCGCUUGGAGGGGUGAGGGCGACGCCAGCUCUUGACUAAUGGGAAGAAUUGAUGGUAGGAGGCGGGAGUAAGAGCCACAGCGAUUGGUUGGCCUUGGCUGUCGGCGCCGAGGCGGGAGCGCCCGGAGGCGGAGGCAGCGGGUGGGGGCCUGGCGGAGUGGAGGGGUAACAAGAUGGCGACCGAGACGGUGGAGCUCCAUAAGCUGAAGCUUGCUGAACUAAAGCAGGAGUGUCUUGCUCGUGGUUUGGAGACCAAGGGAAUAAAACAAGAUCUCAUCAACAGGCUCCAGGCAUAUCUUGAAGAGCAUGCUGAAGAGGAGGCAAAUGAAGAAGAUGUACUGGGAGAUGAAACAGAGGAAGAAGAGCCGAAGCCCAUAGAACUGCCUGUCAAAGAGGAAGAACCUCCUGAAAAAACUGUUGAUGUGGCAGCAGAGAAAAAAGUGGUAAAAAUUACAUCUGAAAUGCCACAGACCGAGAGGAUGCAGAAGAGAGCUGAACGAUUCAAUGUACCUGUGAGCUUGGAAAGUAAGAAAGCUGCCCGGGCAGCUAGAUUUGGGAUUUCUUCAGUUCCAUCAAAAGGCCUGUCGUCUGACACCAAGCCUAUGGUAAACCUGGAUAAGCUAAAAGAAAGAGCUCAAAGAUUUGGUUUAAAUGUCUCUUCAAUUUCCAGAAAGUCUGAGGAUGAUGAGAAGCUGAAAAAAAGGAAGGAGCGAUUUGGGAUUGUCACAAGUUCAGCUGGAACAGGAACCACAGAGGAUACAGAGGCAAAGAAGAGGAAAAGAGCAGAGCGCUUUGGGAUUGCCUGAUGAAAAGCUCUUGAUGCUUUCCAUUCUCCAAUGGUUUCCAUCUCUCUGACUCUUCCUGGUCACAUGUAUACCUAAAUGCACAGCCAUGUGCCUAGGUCCUGCCUUGCAAUGAGGGAGCAUGUACCUCAGGUACAUUCGUGAACUCCAGCAGCAAUUUGACUUAUUGCUGUUCCAACUUUAAGGUUGUUGUUGUUGUGUUGUUUUUUAAUUAUUAUUUUGCUUGUUAAUAAAAAAAUAGAAAAAAGAAUAGUGUGUUUUAUCAGGUUCUCCUUUGAGUUCAUAGAGCCAGAUUAGACCAGAUAAAGGGAGCUUAAGGGGCAAAUAUUAUAGAGAAUUAGCCAUAAUGCCUUUAUCCUUUAGAAAAGAGAACAAGGAAAAGGAUUGAGUCUAUCCCUUUAAGCCUAUUUAUUCCCUUCUCUCAUACUCACAGGCAUCAUUUUACCUCUUUAUCCUCCAUGAAGAGGCUAAAUUUCACCCUGAAUCUUUGCUUCAACAAGUUGACAUGACCCAUUGGGAUAAAAUAGGGAGAACACUGGGUUUUAGGAGGUGCAAAGGAUGUAAAUACAAGGGCUAGUGAUUGGUAGUCUGUUACGGAAUGGAGUCUAGAGUCCCUAUUCUGGAGUCAGGAAGGACCUUGUUUUCAAGAGUGACCUGUCUGGUUUCAGCUGAGGCCAAUGUGUGGGAUCCUGUUGGUUAUGCAGUUCAGGAAAGGAGAUGGGCUGAACUCAAAGAAAGUAUAGGGAUUCAAAGUAUGACAGGAUAUAGGUGUUAAGCUUUAUUACCUAGAUCACUGAAAAUAAAAGCUGUGGACUAGAAGCUUCUAUUUUCUAAUCAAACCUUUUGCUAGUUUAGUUUGUCAUCUUCUGUUGAAGGAAUAUACUUUUACAGUUUUGGUGUCAGUGUUUCUAAGAUAUUACUAAAAUCCGUUUUCUUCACUGAACCUCCUACUUAGAAAGGUUAGGCUCUCACUGAAUAGGCUGCUUGUUUGCGUUUGAAGUUUCACGUAGAUCUGAGACCUGCUACUUAAUCUUUUGGGAUAUGUUAGUAUAGGGUUUCUCCUCUUAAUCUUUAUUUCUAUACAUCUUUUUUUUUUUUUUUUUUUUGUCUUUUUUUGUCUUUUUGUCUCUUUAAGGCCGAAUUCGUGGUAUAUGGAGGUUCCCAGGCUAGGGGUCUAAUCAGAGCUAUAGCUGCCGGCCUAUGCCACAGCCACAGCAACGCCAGAUCCAAGCUGCGUCUGCGACCUACACCACAGUUCACUAUAAUGCCGGAUCCUUAAUGCACUGAGCGCAGCCAGGGAUUGAACCCACAACCUCAUGGUUUCUAGUUGGAUUCGUUUCUACUGCACCACGGCGGGAACUCCUAUUUCUGUACAUCUUUAUAUCUUUGGGUUUGUGUGUUUUUUGGUAGUAAAACUUAAGCGCAUGGCACCUUACCUGAAGACUUUGGCGCCAUAUUCAGGUCCUGUAUAGCUGUGGUGUAAUUCCUUGUUCCUAUUUUUUUUUUUUUUCCCCUUUGGUCUUUUUAGGGCUCACUCUCGGUGUAUGGAGGUUCCCAGGCUAAGAGUCGAAUUGGCGCUGUAGCUGCAGGCCUGCACCACAGCUCACGGCAACUCUGGAUCCUUAACCCACUGAGUGAGGUCAGGGAUCGAACCUGCGUCCUCAUGGAUCCUGGUCAGAUUUGUUUCCACUGAGCCAUGACAGGAACUCCUCCUUGUUCCCAUUUCUACUAAUACUUCUCUCUGGUUUUGUAAUUUAUAGAAAGGUAAAGGUAUCUCCCUUUUCUUUUCUUCAGGCCCUGAUCUUGAAGCUAGCUUUUCCUUUCUGUUAUUCUGUCUCUCUCAAAACAGAACCAGAGAGAAAUAAUUCAAUUUUGUAGCUUUAGAGAAAUUAUAGAUUCGGUAAGGCUUUUCUACUCAAAAUCAGAAAGAGGUGUAGGAGUAGAACAGAUGCAGAUAAUGGAAUGGAGCACUAGGUCCUUGAGAAGUUUUCCUCACUUUGUCUCCUUAUCUUCUAUAAUGUUCCAGAAAAGUAUUCAGCCUCCCCAUCCCCAUCCCCUAUCCUCAGGAUUCUCUUCCCAAAGCCUAAUCAUUCCCUACUGGACUCACUCUCCCUGUAUCUUUGAUACAGUGUUUCUCAAUUUGUGUGAAUUUUUUACUAGCCUUUUUCAUCUCAUUCCAGCAGUUGUUCUUAGGUUGGACAGAAGUGUCUCACCUCCAAGUCUGAUCACCAAAUCCUCUUUUGUCUCAUUGUAAUCAUUCCAUACAUACUUUUUGAACAUGAAUAGUUCAUGAUGCCUAUGUCUUUUUUACUAAUUCAGUCUUAAAAUAGUAAGUUACUUAAAAGGCAGAACAGGCUUCCAUGCUUGCAGUUCUUUAUCUGGGAUCCAAGUACCCUUCCUUCCUAUUCCCCAGUAACUUUAGGUUAAUCCAGGAUCCAGAUGUAGUUAGCUGACUCCAGUCUUCUUUGCCCUGUCCUGAAGCUGUGACAUUCUCUGCAUACCUGGAAGCUCUUAAUGAGGGAGUCUAUAAAAGGUGCAGAAGGAACCAGCUUCCUCAGCUAUAAAUCUGUACCUUUUUAUGGUUCUCUAGGAUCAUUCUCUUUUUCUCUACUAUCACUUUAAACUGCCCUUCCUGCCACCUCGGGUCUUGGGAACUUCUGAAUAUACAAGGCUGGAAGCCUCUGUGGGAUGAGGGCUAUAACGAAGACGAGGAGUUCCUGUCAAAGCACAGUGGAAACAAAUACAACUAGGAACCGUGAGGCUGCAGGUUAGAUCCUUGACUUCGCUCAGUGGGUUAAGGAUCUGGUGUUGCUGUGAGCUGUGGUUUAGGGCACAGACAGGCUCGGAUCCUGCGUGGCUGUGGCUGUGGUGUGGGCCGGCAGCUGUAGCUCUGAUUCGACCCCUAUCCUGGCAACCUCCAUAUGCCAAGGGUGCAGCCCUAAAAAAAAGGAAGGCAGGAGUUCCCAUCUUGGCGCAGUGGUUAACGAAUCCCACUAGGAACCAUGAGGGUUGAGGGUUUGAUCCCUAGCCUUGCUCAGUGGGUUAAGGAUCCGGCAUUGCCAUGAGCUGAGGUAUAGGUCUCAGACAUGGCUCCGAUCUGAUGUUACUGUGGUGCUGUGGUGUAGGCCGGCGGCUACAGCUCCGAUUUGACCCCUAGCCUGGCAACCUCCAUAUGCCGUGGGAAGCGGCCCUAGGAAAGGCAAAAAGACCAAAAAAUGUGAGAAAGAGCAGGACUUCUUGGUUUUGAGUCCUAAUAUCUGACAUGAGGAAUAGAUGAAGGGGAAGAGAGGACCUUAAAUAAAUAAAUAAAUAAAUAAAGAUAAAGGACCUGUGACCUACAAGAUUAUUUUUCCCUGUCCUCUUUUAGGACAACCUCUGAUGUGUCACUCACCUCUGGUUAUUGGACUCCACCAAAAUCUAAUGUCUCCCCUUUCUUGCUACAUGUCUACUACUUGUUUUUCCUUCCAAAGGGACUGAAAAAUGUCAGGUUUCACACUUUGGGAACACUUUGAGCCCAAAGCUCUCCCAGCUUUCUCUUUCUUUUCCUUUCUCAGUUGUCCUGGCCUUUAGUUUUUCCACCUCUCAGAUCACUAUUAAUAGAUGAGAAUGAAAUAUUGUAAAGCAACUUCUUUGGUAUAGUUUCUUGUUCUACUGCAUUAACUCAACUGGUUCUGAAACAGUGGGGAAAUUAAUCAUUCCUGACUCUUUUCCAAACUCAGUGCCACUUCCAACCCUGUCGUGAAGGUUGCUGUGAGAAUAGAUACUAUCACAUUAUGCACACAA